GCGGGGCCCUACCAACCUUCUUUGCUGUUGCCGCCGCGGCUGCUCCCGCGGUUGCUGGGGGUGGAUGAGAGGUGGAGCUGUCGUGGUCCAGGUGUGAUCUGUCUCUAGCUGGUUUUGCCUGAGGAAUCUUCCUUCCUACGUCGCACCCUGACUCCGGUGGUGCCGAGGGGGAGUCCCUGCGGACACCUCGACACACAGUGGAGAUGCCUCUCUUUGCCACCAAUCCCUUCGACCAGGAUGUUGAGAAAGCAACCAGUGAGAUGAACACGGCUGAGGACUGGGGCCUCAUUCUGGAUAUUUGUGAUAAGGUCGGCCAAUCCCGCACUGGACCUAAAGAUUGUCUUCGGUCUAUUAUGAGAAGAGUGAAUCACAAAGAUCCUCAUGUUGCUAUGCAAGCAUUGACUCUUCUAGGAGCAUGUGUAUCAAACUGCGGCAAAAUUUUUCACUUAGAAGUAUGUUCAAGAGAUUUUGCUAGUGAAGUAAGCAACGUAUUAAAUAAGGGUCAUCCUAAAGUAUGUGAGAAGUUAAAAGCUCUUAUGGUUGAAUGGACGGACGAAUUUAAGAAUGAUCCACAGCUUAGUCUAAUAUCAGCAAUGAUUAAGAACCUUAAAGAGCAAGGAGUUACUUUCCCAGCUAUUGGUUCUCAGGCUGCAGAACAAGCAAAAGCAAGCCCAGCUCUAGUAGCCAAGGACCCUGGUACUGUGGCUAACAAAAAAGAAGAAGAAGAUUUAGCAAAAGCCAUUGAGUUGUCUCUCAAGGAGCAAAGACAGCAGUCCACUGCCCUUUCCACUCUGUAUCCGAGCACAUCCAACCUUUUAACCAACCACCAACAUGACGGCCGAAAGGUUCGAGCCAUAUAUGACUUUGAAGCUGCUGAAGAUAAUGAGCUUACUUUUAAAGCUGGAGAAAUUAUCACAGUUCUUGAUGACAGUGAUCCAAACUGGUGGAAAGGUGAAACCCAUCAAGGCAUCGGGCUAUUUCCCUCCAAUUUUGUGACUGCGGAUCUCACUGCUGAACCGGAAAUGAUUAAAACAGAGAAGAAGACGGUACAAUUUAGUGAUGAUGUUCAGAUAGAGACAAUAGAGCCAGAGCCGGAACCAGCUUUUAUUGAUGAAGAUAAAAUGGAUCAGUUGUUACAGAUGUUGCAAAGUACAGAUCCCAGUGAUAAUCAACCAGAUCUACCAGAGCUACUUCAUCUUGAAGCAAUGUGUCACCAAAUGGGACCUCUCAUUGAUGAAAAGCUGGAAGACAUUGAUAGAAAACAUUCAGAACUCUCAGAACUUAAUGUCAAAGUAAUGGAGGCACUUUCAUUGUAUACAAAGUUAAUGAAUGAAGAUCCAAUGUAUUCCAUGUAUGCAAAAUUACAGAAUCAGCAGUAUUACAUGCAGUCGUCUGGUGCUCAGGUCUACCCAGGGCCUCCGCAGAGUGGUGCUUACAUGGUUGCAGGGAGUGCACAGAUGAGCCAUCUCCAGAGCUACAGCCUUCCCCCGGAGCAGCUGUCUUCUCUCACUCAAGGCGCGGUUCCUCCUCCAUCCGCCAGCCCAGCCCUUCCUAAUCAGCAGACCCCAGCUUCCUACCCCAAUGCAAUGGUUAGUUCUGUUCAAGGAACUACGUAUCCCAACCAGGCUGCAAUGUAUAGUCCUCCUCCUGCCGCUGCUGUUGCUGCAACUGCUGAUAUCACAAUCUACCAGGCUGCAGGAGCUAGUAUGUCCCAGGUGCCAAACUAUACCUUAACGUCGUCCACCCUGUCGCAGCCAGGAGCCAGCCCACAGCCAGCUCAGCCACAGCAACCCUAUUCUCAGAAGGCUCUGCUAUAGGACCAAGUUUUCUUCUUUGUGGCAAGCACCUGCUAAAUGCCGCUGACAAUGUUACAAGAUCCAUUAAUAUCUUGAGAUUGGUUUAUCCUCGGCUUAUAUGAAUCUGUCUUGGUCAACAAAUUCAAAUAUCCAAGAAGGUAAAACGCUCCGAUUUGCACAGACAUUUUAGAGGUUGACCCCUCCUUCUCCCCCAGAGGAAUGAAACUACUUACAACAUUUAAUUCCUUUCAUAAUAUGGAGAAUUGAUACAAGAUUAUUUGUCUCGUAAAAUUACCUGGUCUGCAAAAAGUCAAACUUACAAAAACUGUUGUGGCAUAUGUUAUGUAUAUAUAUUGAUAUAUAACUUCAUUAGUGGCCAUUUGAAUCACAAUGGUGAUCAUGUGAAUAUAUUUAACACUGUGUUAAAUUAAUUUACUUUGCUAUUUUAUUGUAACCACAACUACUUUGUUUCCUAAUGUUUUAUGCAAGGUUCUUUCAACUGCAAGAGAACAAAGUUGUAGCAUAUUCAAGUGAAAGCAUUGUUGUCCAACCUUCCCUUUACUAAUUUGCUAAUUAUGAGCUCAACUUAAGUAUAUUAUGUCUUUCUGUAGCCUCUGCGUACUACUGGCUGUCAUCACACCAGCGUACAGUAGCUAAAUUUUUGGUGCAGUUAUAAAAAUGAUAAUGUUCCCUUUUAAGCUUACAUUUUGGCAUGAUAUUUCAGAUGUUGUGGGACCAUGAGACAAAAUUAAGUAGGAUCAUGUUCUUUAUAUUUUCUUUUUAAAGAAAUAAUGUCUAUUUCAUUUUUACUAGUUGAAUAGUAAUUAGGUUUCUGAGCUGUAUACUGUGUUCAUUGGUGGCAGUAACACCAAAGAUAGAGGCAAUGAAUAGAAAUUUUUAAACUGGAAAGAAACGUGAGUUACACUACAUUUUCAGUCUCUUAUAAUUAUUUGGGAUAGGAACAAAUUUGAUUUAUCUUUCUUACCCUCCUACUAAUCUUUAAAUAUGUCUUUUAAUACACUGUAUUCUUUGAUUCUUCAUUAAAAUGAAUAUAAGUAGAUCUUUCAAAAUAAUUCAUAUUCCUACAUUUCUUUAUCAGUUUAUGUAUUUAUUAUUACCUUUCAAACUGGAGUUAUGGGUUGCUUUCUUUCCUAUAAAGUUCUGAUGGAAUUAUUUUGGCUCAUAUUUUCAAGUAUUUUUGAAUGAAUGUUUCUUUUUUCAUUCAUACGAAAAAUAUUUUUCACAGACAUUUUUAUCAUAAAUAUUUAUAAUUUCCCUGGUUGUGCUCUAUUAUAAUUUUAACACCAUUGUUCUGAAACACUGAAAAAUUGAGUUGAAUAUCAUGUUCAAUGAGUUGAUUUAACAUGUAUCAUACUAUAAAUGCAAGUUUGAUUUGUGUUUUCUAAGGUAACUGUAAUUAGGUGGAUUAUUUGACAAAUGACUCCAUCGUUGGCAGUUAAUAGUAAUGGUGACUGAUUUUACAGGUUCAGAUUUAAAGCACCAUCUUCAAUUUAAGUGUUUUAUGCUCGUGUAUUUUCUUGAGUUUAAAGUAUAUUGUCCUGAAACACUAAUUUUAAAAUUUCCAUUCAAAUUCCAUUACUUUUGAUACACAUUGGGUUGAAAAGAUUAUAAUCUUUGUUCUAAUUUGAAUAUUGUGGUUUAACUGAUACACUUCCCAGGUCACACUGUAUUUUCCUCUUAUUUUUUGUUUACAACUGUAUCCUUUUCCCAAUUUAAUUUUGAUAUCCUUCAUGUUAUAAAAUCAAAUAAGUAUUUUUAGUAUGCUUUUUACCCUCUGAAAGUCAAAGCGUGGUGAAAUACAAGAAACCCACGAACCCUGUGUUUAUGACAGUGCAUAUACCAUUUUCCAUUACCUAUUCAGUUAUUGGGCUUAUAAAGAUUUAAAUGAUGAGCACUUACAGUGAAUACCAUAUUAGUUUAUGCUUUUUCAUUUAUUAAGAAUGAAUAUGCCAAGUGAAAAAUGUUCAGUGAAAAUCGUAAUACUUGCUUUUCCAUCUUUCAUAUGACACAACAAGGAUAGAAUAGAAGGAUACCAGUUAGGGUCACAAGGGAUUUUCUGUUGUGUUGCACUUUCAAGGAAUCUUUCAUUAAUAGAUGUCCUUAUUUUGAAGGAGUAGAAUUUAUAAAAUCAUCUAGCUAUAAUGUAAACUUCUAUGAAGCCAUUUUUAUUUCUCAGUUUGUUUAUUUCUUUCAUAAACUUUGAGAUAUGUUUCCAUAAAGGUGACACUAAGUGGAAAAAAUUCAAUCCAGUUACUAUGUAGCAUAAAUAGUCAACAGACUCAUUGGAUGUAAUAAUCAGUGUCCUAAAACUUAUACUAGUGAUUUAUCAUAUAUGCUUAAUAUGGUUUUACAGUCUUUUCUAACUUUAUGGUCUUCCUCUACUAUUACCUAUUUCCCCACUCAGUGAGGGACCUUUUGAUAUGCCAAAGGAUUCCCUUCAUAUUAAAUACUUGUGGAACUUUCUUCCUAUACCUAUUAGUUCUUAGUUCUUAAAAUGCUUAGAAGUCCAUUGUUCAUUUCUGAUAGACACAGUUUCCUAGGUAACAUAUGUCUUAAUUGAGCUUAAAAUGUGUUGUGUCUAAAACAUUAAGGUGGUAUGAGAAAAACAUGAUGCCCUAUGUAAUAAACUGCAACUCUAUUUUCCAGAAUGAGAUUGAUUGGUACAAUCAAAUCUUUGUCUAUUAUGCAUUAUUUUCUUUUUCUCAUCUGUUUCCUUACCAGUUGUACUAAUAAUUAUUCUCUUUGAUUAUGUUGCUUUUAAAUUUUAAUAACAAAACUAUAGUUUAAAAUUUUCACUCCUGUAUUUCUGUUUUGGUGGUUUUCUUUUGUUUGUGUGGUUUUUCUUGGGGGAGGAGUUGGGUUUGGUUUUAUUUAGGUUGACUAACUGCUUUUCUUCUUAGAACAAAAUAUGUAGAAGUAACUUGUGUAUAUUUUCUUUAAGGUCUUAUAAUUACCUUUUACUUCAGAAGGGAAAUAGGAAUUACUAAGUUGGCUUCCUAAAGUUAAGUAUCUAUCAAUGAUGUUUAUCUGACAACUUUUUGUAUUGAGAUUUUUCAUACCUAUAAAAAGAUUGAAAAAGUAAUAUAUCAAACACCCAAAUAUUCUUCAUCUAGAUUAACUAAUCAUCUCCUUAGUGUAUGUUUAUGUGUACAAAUCUGUAUUUGUAUACAGAUGUGUCCAUCUACUCACGUAUACAUUUUUGUGUGGAUAUAAAAGUUAUGGACAUUGUAAACUGUGUUUCUAAGUACUUCAUGCAUUUCAUAAGGAUAAGGAAGGACAGUCUGCCAUAAAACCUAAACUAUUAUCACAUAACUAUUUCCUGGUAGAAAACUAACAGGAAUUCUGUAGUACUUUACCAAGUGACCUCCAGAUUCCUUAUAUAUAAUUUGAGUUAAUAUCCGUGUCACUCCAUUCCCUCAAGAUACUGCCUUUUUAAAACUUUACACUAUUGUCUUGUGGAAAGUCACAUUCUGAACGUACCUCUGUUUCUCGAUGGUGUUAUUUUACUUGGUGAUAUAUUCUUGUAGUGGGUGUUAUUACAUAUUUCAAAAAGAAAUUGAAACAGCAAUAUAUGAUUUCUGGUUAGAAGUAAUGAGACUAAUUUCAGACUUAGGUAUACUUACCUAAACAUUGUUAACUUUUAAGUGUCUGUACAAUAGAUUGUAACAAGCUGUUGAUGUUACUGCAGCUCAGUAUACUUUUGUGGUCUUCAUUUUCCAUUGUCUUCAAAGCAGCUGAAGAAAAUUGGUUCAAAAAAGAAACCCCAAAACAAAAGUAAAUCUUCACUUUUUGCCAUUCAAAUAAAAAUCAGCUUUUCUUGGUUUGUUUA